AUGCCGCGCCCCGAGUACGCGCCUUUUAUCACGUCGCCACGCGGUGCAUCCUUGCCUAUGCAUGGAAAUACUACUGUGAGCUCGGCCCCUUCCGCCGUCUCAGCACUUGGUGUCGCUGCUUCUGAAACCUUCAAUGCAGCGCUAAGCGUCGCCAAGUUCAAUUUGCACCGCCGUCGGCGUCAGGUGCAGACAGGCACUGAUAGUAGCCGAGACAAUGGAAGACGCUUGCUUUACUUAGAACGAAAUGAUGAUGAUGAAAAUGAGUCUCUUGAUGCUUCCCAGCAGCAUAGAUAUCGAGGCCACCCACGUUUGAGAAAGCCCGAGCCUUCUCUGUCAUCGUCGAGGUCGCAAGUUCCGCCCCCGUCGCUCGGCUUGACCUCCUCGCGUUUUGGAGGCUUAACAUCUGUGAUAUCGUUGUCUACAAGCUCGCCUUCCGCGCGUUCAUCGUCCGCGACGUCACCAUCAAGUCUUCGUGACGAAAGCAUGUCAUCUCUGACGAGCGAUAUACCACAGAGCCUCCCAGAGCUCUCAACUGAGCGUAUCGAGGCACUUGUUAACUUUAUUGACAGGUCUGUGGACGACGCUUAUAAUCUGAGCCUGGGAUUUGGACGUGUGCGCUGGACACCUAGCAGAACGAGAGAUGGCGUGACUAUUCAUCGAGCAAGGAGUGGACCCGAUAACACGCUAUUAGACGCAGCUGUAAGAGGAAGCUGCAACGUCAGCGCUACAUUUCGAGAGAUGAGCGACCUGCUUAUUACAGAAACAACCGUCGAUUUUGCAGAGCACGAAACUGCUGUAAACCCGAGCGAAUUUUUGGAUGGACAAGUGUUGUACACACUGGUGCCACGCACAUCAGAAGAACGUUUUGUUUGUAUUAAGUAUCAUUGCUUGCGAUCACUUGCCCCUUCAGUGACCAAACAUAGAGACUAUGUCUACGUAGAGCUUGUGGAUUCGUUCGAAGACAGCGACGGCCGCCGUAUUGGAUACCGACUUUGUAAAAGUGUAGAUCUUGAUGCGCCCCCGCCCCGCGAUGCCAAAAAUUUGCUGGUCCACGCAAAAACGCUGAUGCUGCAGACAUGGAGUGAGCGAGCACCGGGGAGUCUGGAAUUUGUGACUAUGGUGAUUAACGAUUUUGGAGAUCGAUUGCCGUCGUGGCUGGUGCACAAAAUGGUCGACACAGCUGCUUUGCGCUCUGCUUGUAUUCGAGACCACAUUAACCAGCGUCGACUUGAUAUGCUUGUGUACGCAGGACCGAAAGAAUUGGUUCCGCUUAGUCGCCGUGUUUGCUGUGUCGUUUGUACGCGUAGUUUUUCGCUAGUGCGGAAAAAGUAUAAUUGUGCAGCAUGUGGCGACGUAAUCUGUAGUCAAUGUAGUGUACUGGAGCUCGUGACUGCGCUUCAGCGACUUAGUGAUCUAUCAGCACCUGGCGGCAAACGCAAGACACGAAUUUGCGUAAAGUGCAGUAGCAAAAUGCAGAGUCGAGAACUUCCGCGCCGAUCCUCUUCUGCACGACAAAGCGACAGCUCUCGUGUCAGUUCAGAAGGAAGUAUUCGCAGCUCAGUGUCAAACGGCUCGUUUUUAGCUCGCUCGAAUGUGUCUGCAGGAAAGAUAGUGGACGAAAAUCGACGCAGCUUUCUCUCUGACUCUACGACAGGUACAAGCUCGCGCGACUCAGUCGAAGAUAAGAAUCAAAACUGCGGUAAUGGCUCCACUGGCUUGCGCAAUCAGACUCCCAACAGUUUCCAGUUUCGUGCGAUGUCUCCUUCAGUAAACAAAAUCGAACGGAUUUUCACAUCUCCAUCAUCACCUGGAGUCGGAGAAAAUCAAUUAGACGUUGUGGAGCUACAGCCUCAAUUGCUAAGUGAUAGAAAUUUGGCUUCUACCACUCGCGUCGAGCUAGAUUUAGGCAUUGGCAAGUACAAGGAAACAAAUACAUUGCAGCCGACACGAUUCGAGAGAGAUUAUACAGCCGAAGCAGCUGAGCUCGCAGAGUACAGUGAUGAAGAAGAGGAGUACACCGGGGACGAUGCUGGUAAUUUUCUCCACACUGAAGGGCACGGAUAUACAGCUUUGCUCUCAUCCCAAUCGCAGGCUAUAAUGAUGAAUAUGGAUACACCGACAGUUCACAAGGUAGAAAUGGCAAGCUUUCUCACCGAGGAAGAAAAUGCCGGCUUAGACACGAUGUCUAGCGAUUCAGAUUCCGCCAGCUAUCUUACCGUGGACGAAAACUCGAAGAUCGUGGAGAGCGAGUCUCUAAGUGAAUCAACGAGUUAUCUAGAUUCAGUGGAAAUUGAGGAACUGACGGUCGAAGAGGUUGAGCCUUUAAAUGUUGGAAUCGCACUGCGACGCAGUCACGAAUCAGUAGAACUCAAUGUAGUCGAAAAUGAGUUGGAGAGUAUGUGCAGUCCGAUACGGCUUAGUGUAGAAAUGGAGGAAGUUGAAGUGCCGGUGAUGGUGCAUAAGGUUACUAAGAAGCUAGUCGUUGGCUUGGGUGGACGACAUAGUCAAGAGUCGAUGCGAGCGCCAGCUCCGCGCCCGCCUUCAGCAAAACUAGUAGUAGACAUGCUCACAACCAGUAUGGCAAAUUCCAGUGGCACUUUGAAAGCGCGUGAUGCACCUCCUCAGAUUCCAUUGGCUAGCCAGGUAUCCAAAGAAGCAUUAACAGAAGGUGUUAAGACCUCUGAGUCCGAGGAAACGCUACAAGUUGAAGCUUUGCAAGCUCAUCUUGACCGCAUGAACCAAAUCUCGGCUAGUCUUCGUAAUCUUCGUGAAGAAAUGAAUUCGACGACAGAGACUCCGGCUAGCACUCAAACAGCGAUGGCUGCACUUACGACUUUUGAAUCAAAGGCCAAUGCCGAUCGUGCAGCCAAAAUCGCGGCUAAUUUUAUUAGCUUGCUGGAUUGGAAUGCAGCCCCAGCGGCACGACGAGCACAGCAGGAUUUGAAGCAACACGUUGAACCUCGCACAAGUUUGUUCAAUCUGACUUUAGCUAUGGGUGAUGGCAGCUUCGUGGACUACCUAGUAGACUCAACUUUUGAAGACGUUGGUGAAAGUCCAGACGGUACCGGCAUUGGGUGGCAAACGGUGAUAUCACAGACUACAGGCAAACAAUACUUUUUCAAUCAGAACUGUGCGCUUGCGUCGUGGACUUUGCCGGGACCCGAUGUUUUCCGCGGAAUGCUUUACAAGGUGCUAUAG